GCAGAAGCUCAGGGCUCCCGCGUACUGGGAUUUUUUCCGACCAGAAAAAAGCUCCAGAGCUCUCCUGACCUCCUUUCUCCUCAGCGGCGAGCGGAGCCUCUCCCUCGGCGCUGCCGGCCGCGCCAUGCCGCGCUCGCGGGAACCGGAGCAGGGGCGCUGCGGCUGCCCCGCGGGGAGGGCUCGCAGUGAAGCCGGGAUUUUGGCGCUCGUGCCGGGCGCGGGGAGCCGCUGGGGCCGCCCGCCGCCGCCAACGCCGCCGCCGCUGCUGCUGCUGCUGGGCUGGGGGCUGCUCAGCGCCUCGGCCGCCGCGGGCCAGAACUGCACGUUCCAACUGCAGGGUCCCAAUGGGACCGUUGAGAGCCCAGGGUUCCCGUACGGCUACCCCAAUUAUGCCAACUGCACGUGGACCAUCACUGCGGAGGACCAGCACAGGAUCCAGCUUGUCUUCCAGUCCUUCGCCCUGGAGGAGGACUUUGAUGUCCUGUCGGUGUUUGAUGGCCCGCCCCAGCCAGAGAACCUGCGAACCAGGCUCACAGGCUUUCAGCUGCCAGCCACCAUUGUCAGUGCGGCCACCACCCUCUCUCUGCGCCUCGUCAGUGACUACGCGGUCAGCGCGCAGGGCUUCCAUGCCAGCUAUGAAGUGCUGCCCAGUCACACGUGUGGGAACCCCGGGCGGCUGCCCAAUGGCAUCCAGCAGGGCUCAACCUUCAACCUGGGCGACAAGGUCCGCUACAGCUGCAAUCCCGGCUUCUUCCUGGAGGGCCACGCUGUGCUCACCUGCCACGCUGGCUCCGACAACAGUGCCACGUGGGACUUCCCCCUGCCCUCCUGCAGAGCGGACGAUGCCUGUGGUGGGACCCUGCGGGGCCAGAGCGGCAUCAUCUCCAGCCCCCACUUCCCGUUGGAGUAUCAUAACAACGCUGACUGCACAUGGACCAUCCUGGCCGAGCUGGGAGACACCAUCGCUCUGGUCUUCAUUGACUUCCAGCUGGAGGACGGUUACGACUUUCUGGAAGUCACGGGGACCGAAGGCUCCUCCCUCUGGUUCACUGGAGCCAGCCUUCCAGCCCCUGUCAUCAGCAGCAAGAACUGGCUGCGGCUGCACUUCACGUCAGAUGGCAACCACCGGCAGCGCGGCUUCAGCGCCCAGUACCAAGUCAAGAAGCAAAUUGAGUUGAAGUCUCGAGGCGUGAAGCUGAUGCCCAGCAAAGAUAACAGCCAGAAGACAUCUGUGUGUAAGUGUCCGCCCGCUGGCCCGCCUGCCGGGCCUCUUGCUCGAGGUCAGACCCGCUGGCGCCGUGACCGUGGGGGAGAGUCAGUAACCUCCAGCUGGGAUCUUGGAGGCUGCGGGGGCCCCAAUUCCAGCUCCCAAGCCCGCAUGUGUGAUGCCCACCUGCGAGGCCCCUCGGGCAUCAUCACCUCCCCCAAUUUCCCCAUUCAGUAUGACAACAAUGCACAUUGUGUGUGGAUCAUCACAGCACUCAACCCUGCCAAGGUGAUCAAGCUGGCCUUCGAGGAGUUUGAUUUGGAGAGGGGCUAUGACACCCUGACGGUCGGGGAUGGAGGGCAGGACGGGGACCAGAAAACGGUUCUCUACACCCUGACAGGUACGUCAGUUCCGGAUCUCAUUGUCAGCACCAACCAUCAGAUGUGGCUCCUGUUCCAGACCGACAGCAGCGGCAGCUCCCUGGGAUUCAAGGCCUCUUACGAAGAGAUCGAGCAGGGCAGCUGCGGGGAUCCCGGCGUACCCGCCUAUGGCCGCAGGGAAGGCUCCCGCUUUCGCCACGGUGAUACACUCAAGUUUGAGUGCCAGCCUGCCUUUGAGCUGGUGGGGCAGAAGGCAAUCACGUGCCAAAAGAAUAACCAGUGGUCGGCUAAGAAGCCAGGCUGUGUGUUUUCCUGCUUCUUCAACUUCACCAGUCCGUCUGGGAUCGUCCUGUCGCCCAACUACCCAGAGGACUACGGCAACCACCUCCACUGUGUCUGGCUCAUCCUGGCCCGGCCGGAGAGCCGUAUCCACCUGGCCUUCAACGACAUUGACGUGGAGCCUCAGUUUGACUUCCUGGUCAUCAAGGACGGGGCCACCGCCGAGGCCCCAGUCCUCGGCACCUUCUCAGGAAACCAGCUCCCCUCCUCCAUCACCAGCAGCGGCCAUGUGGCCCGCCUCGAGUUCCAGACUGACCACUCUACAGGGAAGAGAGGCUUCAACAUCACCUUUACCACCUUCCGACACAACGAGUGCCCAGAUCCCGGCGUGCCUGUAAAUGGCAAACGGUUUGGUGACAGCCUCCAGCUAGGGAGUUCCAUCUCCUUCCUCUGUGAUGAAGGCUUCCUCGGGACGCAGGGCUCAGAGACCAUCACCUGCAUCCUGAAGGAGGGCAGCGUGGUCUGGAACAGCGCCGUGCUGCGGUGUGAAGCUCCCUGCGGUGGUCAUCUGACUUCCCCCAGUGGCACCAUCCUGUCUCCGGGCUGGCCUGGCUUCUACAAGGAUGCCCUGAACUGUGCCUGGGUGAUUGAAGCCCAGCCAGGCUACCCCAUCAAAAUCACCUUCGACAGAUUUAAAACCGAGGUCAACUAUGAUACUCUGGAAGUGCGAGAUGGACGGACAUAUUCCGCGCCCUUGAUCGGGGUUUACCACGGGACCCAGGUCCCCCAGUUCCUCAUCAGCACCAGCAACUAUCUCUACCUCCUCUUCUCCACUGACAAGAGUCACUCAGACAUCGGCUUCCAGCUCCGCUAUGAGACUAUCACGCUGCAAUCAGACCACUGUCUGGAUCCAGGGAUCCCUGUAAAUGGGCAGCGUCAUGGGAAUGACUUCUAUGUGGGCGCUCUGGUGACCUUCAGCUGCGACUCGGGCUACACAUUAAGUGAUGGAGAGCCCCUGGAAUGUGAGCCCAACUUCCAGUGGAGCCGGGCCCUGCCCAGCUGUGAAGCACUCUGUGGUGGCUUCAUUCAAGGCUCGAGUGGGACCAUCUUGUCACCAGGGUUCCCUGACUUCUACCCCAACAACUUGAACUGCACCUGGAUUAUUGAAACAUCGCAUGGCAAGGGUGUGUUCUUUACUUUCCACACCUUCCACCUGGAGAGUGGCCACGACUACCUCCUCAUCACCGAGAACGGCAGUUUCACCCAACCCCUGAGGCAGCUGACGGGUUCAAGGUUGCCAGCCCCCAUCAGCGCUGGGCUCUAUGGCAACUUCACCGCCCAGGUCCGUUUCAUCUCCGACUUCUCCAUGUCCUAUGAAGGAUUCAACAUCACCUUCUCAGAGUAUGACUUGGAGCCCUGUGAAGAGCCCGAGGUCCCCGCCUACAGCAUCCGGAAGGGCUUGCAGUUUGGCGUAGGCGACACCUUGACCUUCUCCUGCUUCCCCGGGUACCGUCUGGAGGGCACGGCCCGCAUCACGUGCCUGGGGGGCAGACGGCGCCUGUGGAGUUCGCCUCUGCCAAGGUGUGUUGCUGAGUGCGGGAAUUCAGUCACGGGCACGCAAGGCACUUUGCUGUCCCCCAAUUUUCCUGUGAACUACAAUAACAACCACGAAUGCAUCUACUCCAUCCAGACCCAGCCGGGAAAGGGGAUUCAGCUUAAAGCUAGAGCAUUCGAGCUCUCUGAAGGAGAUGUCCUCAAGGUCUAUGACGGCAACAACAACUCCGCCCGUUUGCUGGGGGUGUUCAGCCGCUCGGAGAUGAUGGGGGUGACUUUGAACAGCACAUCCAGCAGCCUGUGGCUUGAUUUCAUCACUGAUGCUGAGAAUACCAGCAAGGGCUUUGAGCUGCAGUUUUCCAGUUUUGAACUUGUCAAAUGUGAGGACCCAGGAACCCCCCAGUUUGGCUACAAGGUUCAUGACGGAGGCCAUUUUGCAGGGAGCUCCGUGUCCUUCAGCUGUGACCCUGGGUACAGCCUGCGGGGCAGUGAGGAACUGCUGUGUCUGAGUGGAGAGCGCAGAACCUGGGACCGGCCACUCCCCACCUGUGUUGCUGAGUGUGGAGGGACAGCGAAAGGAGAGGCGUCGGGGCAGGUGCUGUCACCCGGGUAUCCAGCUCCCUAUGAGCACAAUCUCAACUGCAUCUGGACGAUCGAGGCUGACGCCGGCUGCACCAUUGGGCUCCACUUCCUGGUGUUCGACACGGAAGAGGUCCAUGACGUGCUGCGCAUCUGGGACGGGCCUGUGGAGAGUGGGGUUCUGCUCAAGGAGCUCAGCGGCCCGGCCCUGCCCAGGGACCUGCACAGCACCUUCAACUCGGUCGUCCUGCAGUUCAGCACCGACUUCUUCACCAGCAAGCAGGGCUUUGCCAUUCAGUUCUCAGUGUCCACAGCAACAUCGUGCAAUGACCCUGGGGUUCCACAGAAUGGGAGCCGGAGUGGCAACAGUUGGGAAGCCGGCGACUCCACGUUGUUCCAGUGUGACCCUGGCUAUGCCCUGCAGGGGAGCGCAGAGAUCAGCUGUGUGAAGAUUGAGAACAGGUUCUUCUGGCAGCCCAGCCCACCAACAUGCAUCGCUCCAUGCGGGGGAGACCUGACAGGACCAUCAGGAGUGAUCCUGUCUCCAAAUUACCCAGAGCCCUACCCACCAGGCAAGGAGUGCGACUGGAGGGUGACUGUCUCGCCAGACUACGUCAUCGCCCUGGUAUUUAACAUCUUUAACUUGGAGCCUGGCUAUGACUUCCUCCAUAUCUACGACGGACGGGACUCUCUCAGCCCUCUCAUAGGAAGCUUCUAUGGCUCCCAGCUCCCAGGCCGCAUUGAGAGCAGCAGCAACAGCCUCUUCCUCGCCUUCCGCAGCGACGCGUCAGUGAGCAAUGCUGGCUUCAUCAUCGACUACACAGAAAACCCACGAGAGUCGUGUUUCGAUCCUGGUUCGAUCAAGAACGGCACACGAGUGGGGUCUGACCUAAAGCUGGGCUCCUCCAUCACCUACUACUGCCAUGGGGGCUAUGAGGUUGAGGGCUCCUCGACCCUGAGCUGCAUCCUGGGGCCCGAUGGGAAGCCCGUGUGGAACAAUCCUCGGCCAGUGUGCACAGCCCCCUGUGGGGGACAAUAUGUGGGUUCAGAUGGAGUGGUCUUGUCUCCCAACUACCCCCAGAACUACACCAGUGGGCAGAUCUGCCUGUAUUUUGUCACCGUGCCCAAGGAUUAUGUUGUGUUUGGACAGUUCGCCUUCUUCCACACAGCCCUCAACGACGUGGUGGAGGUGCACGAUGGCCACAGCCAGCUCUCCCGUCUCCUCAGCUCCCUGUCGGGCACCCACACAGGAGAAUCAUUACCCUUGGCCACUUCCAAUCAAGUUCUCAUUAAGUUCAGUGCCAAAGGCCAAGUACCAGCCAGAGGCUUCCACUUUGUCUACCAAGCGGUGCCCCGAACCAGCGCCACGCAGUGCAGCUCUGUGCCGGAACCCCGCUAUGGAAAGAGGCUGGGAAGUGACUUCUCUGUGGGGGCCAUCGUCCGAUUUGAAUGCAACUCCGGCUAUGCUCUGCAGGGGUCCCCAGAAAUAGAGUGCCUCCCUGUUCCUGGGGCCUUGGCCCAGUGGAAUAUCUCAGCACCAACAUGUGUGGUGCCUUGUGGCGGCAACCUCACGGAGCGCAGGGGCACCAUCCUGUCCCCUGGCUUCCCGGAGCCCUACCUCAACAGCCUCAACUGCGUGUGGAAGAUCAUGGUCCCUGAAGGCGCCGGCAUCCAGAUUCAAGUCAUCAGUUUUGUCACAGAGCAGAACUGGGACUCCCUGGAAGUGUUUGAUGGUGCAGACAACACGGUGACCAUGCUGGGGAGUUUCUCAGGAACAACCGUGCCUGCCCUUCUGAACAGCACCUCCAACCAGCUCUACCUUCAUUUCUACUCAGAUAUCAGCGUGUCGGCAGCCGGCUUCCACUUGGAGUACAAAACGGUGGGCCUGAGCAGUUGUCCAGAACCUACCGUGCCCAGUAAUGGAGUGAAGACUGGCGAGCGCUACUUGGUGAAUGAUGUGGUUUCUUUCCAGUGUGAGCCGGGAUAUGCCCUCCAGGGCCACGCCCACAUCUCCUGCAUGCCUGGAACCGUCCGGCGCUGGAACUACCCACCUCCGCUCUGUAUUGCACAGUGUGGGGGAGCAGUGGAAGAGAUGGAGGGGGUGAUCCUGAGCCCCGGCUUCCCGGGCAACUACCCCAGCAACAUGGACUGUUCCUGGAAAAUAGCACUGCCAGUAGGCUUUGGAGCUCACAUCCAGUUCCUGAACUUCUCCACCGAGCCCAACCAUGACUUCAUAGAAAUCCGGAACGGCCCCUACGAGACCAGCCGCAUGAUGGGCAGAUUCAGUGGAAGUGAGCUUCCAAGUUCCCUGCUGUCCACGUCCCACGAGACCACCGUGUAUUUCCACAGCGACCACUCCCAGAACCGGCCAGGAUUCAAGCUGGAGUAUCAAGCCUAUGAACUUCAAGAGUGCCCAGACCCAGAGCCCUUUGCCAGUGGCAUUGUGAGAGGAGCUGGCUACAAUGUCGGACAAUCAGUGACCUUCGAGUGCCUUCCAGGAUAUCAACUGAUGGGCCAUCCUGUCCUCACAUGUCAACAUGGCACCAAUCGGAACUGGGACCACCCCCUGCCCAGGUGUGAAGUCCCCUGCGGUGGGAACAUCACCUCUUCCAAUGGCACUGUGUACUCCCCUGGAUUCCCCAGUCCAUACUCCAGUCCCCAAGACUGUGUCUGGCUGAUCACCGUGCCCAUUGGCCAUGGCAUCCGCCUCAACCUCAGCCUGCUGCAGACAGAGCCCUCUGGAGACUUCAUCACCGUCUGGGAUGGGCCACAGCAGACAGCUCCACAGCUUGGAGUUUUCACCAGGAACUUGGCCAAGAAAAUAUUGCAUAGCUCAACCAACCAGGUCCUGCUCAAGUUCCACCGUGAUGCGGCCACAGGUGGGAUCUUCGCCAUAGCCUUCUCUGCUUAUCCACUCACCAAAUGCCCUCCCCCCACCAUCCUCCCCAAUGCUGAAGUCGUCACAGAGAAUGAAGAAUUCAACAUAGGUGACAUCGUACGCUACAGGUGCCUCCCUGGCUUUACCUUGGUAGGGAAUGAAAUCCUGACCUGCAAACUCGGAACUUCCCUGCAGUUUGAAGGCCCACCCCCAAUAUGUGAAGUGCACUGCCCAACAAAUGAGCUUCUGACAGACUCCACAGGUGUGAUCCUGAGUCAGAGCUACCCUGGAAGCUAUCCCCAGUUCCAGACCUGCUCUUGGCUGGUGAGAGUGGAGCCCGAGUAUAACAUCUCCCUCACAGUGGAGUACUUUCUCAGUGAGAAGCAGUAUGAUGAGUUUGAGAUCUUUGAUGGCCCCUCAGGACAAAGUCCUCUGCUGAAAGCCCUCAGUGGCAAUUACUCAGCUCCCCUGAUUGUCACCAGCACCAGCAACUCUGUGUACCUGCGCUGGUCGUCUGACCACGCCUACAAUCGGAAGGGCUUUAAGAUUCGGUAUUCAGCUCCCUACUGCAGCCUGCCCAGGGCUCCACUCCAUGGCUUCCUCAUGGGCCAGACCAGCACCCAGCCUGGAGGUUCUAUCCACUUUGGCUGCAACUCCGGCUACCGCUUGGUGGGACACAGCAUGGCCAUUUGUACCCGGCACCCUCAGGGCUACCACCUGUGGAGCGAGGCCAUUCCUCUCUGUCAAGCUCUUUCCUGUGGGCUUCCUGAGGCUCCCAAGAAUGGGAUGGCGUUUGGCAAAGAAUACACAGUGGGGACCAAGGCUGUGUACAGCUGCAGCGAAGGCUACCACCUCCAGGCAGGUGCCGAGGCCACAGCAGAGUGUCUGGAGACAGGCCAAUGGAGCAACCACAACGUCCCCCCUCAGUGUGUCCCGGUGACCUGCCCCGAUAUCAGCAGCGUCAGUGUGGACCACGGCCGGUGGAGGCUCAUCUUUGAGACGCAGUACCAGUUCCAGGCCCAGCUGAUGCUCAUCUGCGAUCCCGGUUAUUACUACACUGGCCAAAGGGUCAUCCGCUGUCAGGCCAAUGGCAAAUGGAGCCUUGGGAACUCUAUGCCCACCUGCCAGAUCAUCUCCUGUGGAGAGCUCCCCGUCCCACCCAAUGGGCACCGCAUAGGAACACUGUCCGACUAUGGGGCAACCGCCAUCUUCUCCUGCAAUUCCGGAUACACGCUUGUGGGCUCCAGGGUGCGCGAGUGCAUGGCCAAUGGGCUCUGGAGUGGCUCUGAAGUCCGCUGCCUCGCUGGACACUGUGGGACUCCUGAGCCCAUCGUCAAUGGACAAAUCAAUGGGGAGAACUACAGCUACCGGGGCAGCGUGGUGUACCAGUGCAAUGCUGGCUUCCGGCUCAUCGGCAUGUCUGUGCGCAUCUGCCAGCAGGAUCAUCACUGGUCGGGCAAGACCCCUUUCUGUGUGCCAAUUACCUGCGGACACCCAGGCAACCCGAUCAAUGGCCUGACUCAGGGCACCCAGUUUAAUCUCAACGAUGUGGUCAAGUUUGUUUGCAACCCUGGCUAUGUGUCUGAGGGGGCUGCUAGGUCCCAGUGCCUGGCCAACGGGCAGUGGAGUGACAUGCUGCCCACCUGCAGAAUCAUCAACUGUACAGAUCCUGGGCACCAAGAAAACAGCGUUCGUCAAGUCCAUGCCAGCAGCCCACACAGGCUCAGUUACGGCACCACUGUGUCUUACCAGUGCCGCCACGGUUUCUACCUCCUAGGCACCCCGGUGCUCAGCUGCCAGGGAGACGGCACAUGGGACCGUCCCCGCCCCCAGUGUCUCUUGGUGUCCUGUGGCCAUCCGGGCUCCCCACCUCAUUCCCAGAUGUCCGGGGACAACUAUACCGUGGGGGCGGUCGUGCGUUACAGUUGCACCGGCAAGCGGACCCUGGUGGGAAACGCCACCCGCAUGUGUGGGCUGGAUGGACACUGGACAGGCUCCCUGCCCCACUGCUCAGGAACCAGCGUGGGAAUUUGUGGUGAUCCUGGGAUCCCGGCCCAUGGCAUCCGUUUGGGGGAUAGCUUUGCCCCAGGAAGUCUGAUGCGCUUUAGCUGUGAAGCUGGCCAUGCUCUCCGGGGAUCGUCAGAGCGAACCUGCCAAGCCAACGGCUCAUGGAGCGGCACACAGCCUGAGUGUGGAGUGAUCUCUUGUGGGAACCCUGGGACUCCAAGCAAUGCCCGAGUCAUGUUCAGUGAUGGCCUGGUUUUCUCCAGCUCCAUUGUCUAUGAGUGUCGGGAAGGCUACUACGCCUCAGGCCUGCUCAGCCGGCACUGCUCGGUCAACGGCACCUGGACAGGCAGCGACCCAGAAUGCAUAGUUAUCAACUGUGGUGACCCUGGAAUUCCAGCCAAUGGCCUCCGGCUGGGCAAUGACUUCAGGUAUAACAAAACUGUGACCUACCAGUGCGUCCCUGGCUACAUGAUGGAGUCACACAGAGUGUCUGUGCUGAGCUGCACCAAGGACCGGACAUGGAAUGGUACCAAGCCAAUCUGCAAAGCCAUCAUGUGCAAGCCACCUCAGCUCAUCCCCAACGGGAAGGUGGUGGGGUCCGAAUUCGUGUGGGGCUCCAGUGUGACGUAUGCCUGCCUGGAGGGCUACCAGCUCUCCCUGCCCGCAGUGCUCACCUGUGAGGGAAACGGAUCCUGGACCGGAGAGCUGCCUCAGUGUUUCCCUGUGUUCUGCGGAGAUCCUGGUGUCCCACCCCAUGGGAGGAGAGAGGACCGAGGCUUCUCUUACAGGUCAUCUGUCUCCUUCUCCUGCCAGCCCCCUCUGGUGCUGGUGGGCUCUCCACGGCGCUUCUGCCAGUCGGAUGGGACGUGGAGUGGCACCCAGCCCAGCUGCAUAGACCCCACGCUGACCAUGUGUGCAGACCCCGGCAUGCCGCAGUUUGGGAUACAGAACAAUUCCCAGGGCUACCAGGUUGGAAGCACAGUGCUCUUCCGCUGUCAGAAAGGUUACCUGCUUCAGGGCUCCACCACCAGGACCUGCCUCCCCAACCUGACCUGGAGCGGAACCCCGCCCGACUGUGUCCCCCAUCACUGCAAACAGCCAGAGACGCCAACCCAUGCCAAUGUCGGGGCUCUGGACUUGCCGUCCAUGGGCUACACACUCAUCUACUCCUGCCAGGAGGGCUUCUCCCUCAAGGGUGGCUCCGAGCACCGCACCUGCAAAGCAGACGGCAGCUGGACAGGCAAACCACCCAUCUGCCUGGCAGAGGUCCGGCCCAGUGGAAGACCCAUCAACACUGCCCGGGAGCCACCACUCACCCAAGCCUCAGUUCCUGGGGAUGUUUUUGCCAAGAACUCCCUAUGGAAAGGGGCCUAUGAGUACCAGGGGAAGAAGCAGCCAGCCAUGCUCAGAGUGACUGGCUUCCAGGUUGUCAACAGCAAGGUCAAUGCCACCAUGAUUGACCACAGCGGCGUGGAGUUGCACUUGGCUGGAAUUUACAAGAAAGAAGAUUUCCAUCUCCUACUCCAGGUUCAUCAGAUCACAGGGCCUGUGGAGAUCUUUGUGAAUAAAUUCAAAGAUGAUCACUGGGCUUUAGAUGGACAUGUCUCCUCAGAGUCCUCCGGGGGCACCUUCAUCUACCAGGGCUCCGUCAAGGGCCACGGCUUUGGGCAGUUCGGCUUUCAAAGACUUGACCUCAGGCUGCUGGAAUCAGACCCCGAGUCCAUCGGCCGCCACUUUGCUUCCAACAGCAGCUCGGUGGCAGCCGCCAUCCUGGUGCCUUUCAUCGCCCUCAUUAUUGCAGGCUUUGUGCUCUAUCUCUACAAACACAGGAGAAGACCCAAAGUUCCGUUCAAUGGCUAUGCUGGCCACGAGAACACAAAUGUCAGGGCCACAUUUGAGAACCCGAUGUACGACCGCAACAUCCAGCCCACAGACAUCAUGGCCACCGAGGCGGAGUUCACAGUCAGCACGGUGUGUACAGCGGUAUAGCCACCAGGCCUGGCUGCCACCGCCACCACCACCGAGAGCCCCGCCGCCAGCAGCCGUUCUCCAGGGGACAGAAGUACACUCCCCUGAGUACAGUGCCCAGGGCCCAUCUUCGUCUGUCCCUCCGCCCGAAUUUGCUACUGCUGGAACUUGGGCCCUCGCCCCGCCGCCAUCUGCACCCGCCACCCUGGAGAGAAGUUCCACUGUGCCCGACGUGGGGCCGAAAAGGAAGAGGGGCUGCAGACGGAGGAAGGAAGCUGAUGGAUUUAAAAUAACAGAGCACCUUGUGGAUGUGCGCAUGUGGGUGCGGGGGGGCCUGAGUGCGCACACACACACACCCCUUCUUCAUUGGAGUCUAUGGAAGAGCUUAAAAAAGAGAAAUGGGUGUGAAAGAGGCCCCAUGCUUUUCUCCCCACCAGCACAGAGAAAUGGUGAAGAAGAGGAGGCACCAACAGCCCCACCCAGCUUGUCAGGUCUCAGAGAGCGUGCUAUCAGGAUGCGUCCAGUGGUCAAUGCGCAGAGACCGGCCCUCUGCAAAUGCACGGUCCCACCUGCAGGGUAACAGCAAGGACUACCCCAAGGGCAGAAGAACAUCAUAAGAAAUAGUUUGGAAAUCAGUUUCUUUAUUUUUUUCCAACAUAAUUUUAUUGCAUUCUAAAUCCAGUGAAUUAAAAAUUCGUUCUGGGCCCCAGGCAGCGCUGCAAAAGAAGGGUGGGUCAGGGGUGCUAAGGACAGGAAUCUGGCUGUGAGCUCAAGGACAAGUCUGGCUGUCGGCUGACAAGAAAGAAAAACAAGUCUGUGUCCCAGAUGGGGAUACCAAGUCUGCAGGCAUUGGUGAGGUGCUGGAAAGGACGGGAGAGCAAGCCUACCCCAGUGUCCAAAACAUAAAUGGCUACCUGUAUAGAGUUCCUUCUCUGUUCCUGACACUUUCGGUGUAUCAUUUCUAGACCUACAACACCCCAAAGAAUAAGAAUUAUUAUCCCCAUUGUAUAGAUGAGAAAAUAGAAGCCCAUAAAAGUAACGAUAUGUAAGCCACAGUUAGUAAGUGUGGAUGCAAACCCAGAUGGCCCUCACACCACCGGCUGCCAGAAACCCAGGUCUAGAAAGGACACUGAUGAUGGGGAGUAGCAGGUGUGUCUCUACAGUAGAACUGUGGCCAGGACUGGUGGGCCAGGCAGGGGAUGCGUAUGUCCUGUCUGGGUUCUGUUCCCUCCACCUGGGCAGCAUCAGGGUGAAAACCCCAGUACCUGCCCCCUGAACCUGGUGUUGGCCCCUUGGCUCCCAGCAGCCCUUUGCCACAGCAAAGAAAGGACCUGCGAGUUCCUGAACGAAAGGAUGGCGUGGAUGAAAGUCAUAUUCUCUCGAGCUCCUUGCAAGUGGGUUUGGUUUAUUUUGAGUUUCACUGUGCUUGGGUCACUAAUAAAUUCUAUAUAAGUAUUGUUGAGAAGCUAACAAGUUUAAGAAUCAAACUAUGACAUUUAGAGCCACUUUCUCUGUCCUUGGGAAGGUCCCCAUGGGCUUACGCACGUGUGCAUGUGUGACAUGCUGGCCCCAGAUGUUCAUAGCACAUAUUGAAAUGACAAAUAGAAUUGUAGGGGAAUGGGGUGGCAGGGACACCUGCUUCUUAAGCAAGUUCUGGGUUAGAACAAUGACAAUAUCUAACUAAGGUUACGAUUGGCUGGCGUAAAAUGAGAAGUGAAUUUCCAGCAGAUACAACUGGGACUGGCAAUGGCAGGGGCCCUGCGCUGCCCACACCUGCUCUGGGUCACAGCAUCCCGGGGCUUGCGGGAGAGGACCAAUCCAGACAAACGCACAUGCUCACCUCUCUUUCCCUGGAAACAAAUGCAGGAAGCUCUUUGGCUGCUCCCUUCUCCUUCCUUACAUUCCUCUCAGACCAACCAGUGGACUCCUCCUCCAGCCCUGCCUCUGCCCCUCUCCUGUGUCCCCUUGUGAAGUCCCAGGAGACGCCGCAGGAGCACAGGCUGGUGAGGUGUCUGGUGUUCUGUGCAUUGCCCUUCCCACCUCUGGCAUUUUCCCUCCACUCCCAGAGGCUCGGAAGGGACCAGGACAGACUAGGCCCUCCACCCACCCUUCAUAUCACACACACCCAUCGCCAUCCCAUGAGGAAAAAAAAAAAAA